GCGAAUGGAAUCAGGCGGUUCGAGUAGCACCGGCGGCAACGGGCGUGGCCGAGGAGGACUAGAGGAGGAAGUGAACAAAGGAAUCAUGGACGAGCGGGUUCUCAUUCUGGUUUUCCGGAGGCUGAAUUGGGACCCACAAAUGGUCUGCGUGGUGGCAAGAGUCAGCCGGCGACUGCGCGCGGUGGUCAACCGUAUCCUCUGGCGAGAAGUCUGCAUUUCCCGAGCGCCGCGAAUGUUGGCGGCGUUAACUACAGGAGCGCCGGCUGGUCAGGCUAGAGUCAACGGCGGCUGGAACUCUCUCGCGAAGCUUCUAUUCUACUGCUCCGGCGGCGUAGACAGCCGCCAUUUCCCUCUUACCCACCCCCUACAAGGCCACUUCGCUGGUGUCUCCCGGUUUUCGAAAACUUCGGGUAGUAGUUUCCUCUCUCGCCGGUGCUCUAGCGAUCUUUUAUACGUCAGCGAUCCGUGUGAACACACUAUUGAAGGGGCGGCGGCGGGUGAGGAUUUGGGUGCGUAUCGCGGAGUAUUCCGUGGGUUCAUUAGAUCGAAAACCCGUGCUUAUCUCAUCGGACGACACGUAGAGCUCGAGCAGAGAGUACGUUGUCCUUAUUGUGGGGCGCGUGUGUGGAGUAUGACGGCGGCGAGACUCGUGCCGCGUACGGCGGCGCGGCGACUGGGAGCUCACCUUGGCCGUCUAGAGUACUUCGUCUGUGUUAACGGGCAUCUUCAUGGGAACUGCUGGUUGGCUCAUCUUUCGGAUGGUGAUGAUGAUGCUUAUGGUGAUGAUGGUUAUGUCGAAGGUGAUGAUGAUGAUGACUGAUUCAUUUCCCCUGUUCUUUGGUGCUCUGUUUUUUUUUUUUAUUUUGUUUAGGGGAGAGAUUUUCUCUGUUUUGAAUUGGAGUGGCGGUGGCGGUGGUUUAGUUCUCUUUUUUUGUCUAUUUUGUGAUUCUCAUUUGUAGGGAUUCUUAAAUGACAUUUUUGUUUUU